AUGGAGGUAUACCCUAGUGUAGAUUUUCAUUUCAGUAACUUUUUCAACGGUAUCUCAACGGCUAGGGAUAUGUUCAUUUCUGAGCUUACUAUGGAGAUAAUCUCUUCCUACUUUAAAGUAGAACAGUUUCCACAGUUUUGCAACCUAUCCAGUUUGGAAGCAGAGGUUUGUCUAAGACGCUUGGACAUCUUGAGAAUGCUGCCAACGUUUCUUGAAAGCUUCCCAAAUCUAAAAUCCAUCGUCUUGGAUAUAACUCAUUCGGUUGACACGCUUCCAAUAGCACUCUCCUCCGUGCCUCAGUGUCUGUUGUCAUCGCUAGAGUUUGUAGAGAUAAAAAGCAGAUAUGAAGCAGAGUUUGUUUUGAUGGAACUAGCAAAGUACUUUGCAAGAAACUCUACAAUCCUAAAGAAACUCAUUGUGCGUUGGAACCGCUCUAAGCUAGAAGAAGAUACCGUCUUAAGAGACCUCCUUGCAUCACAGUGGCGAUCUAGCACAUGUCAAAUCGAAGUUUGUGACUUCAUCUCCCUCUCUGGCCACAGGAUCUCCCUCAAGAUUACAUGGAGGAAAUACAAGAGAAAGAGAAAGGAAUAUGCCAAGAACUAA